UGACUUGCUUCAUGCCGUUGGAUAUCAAUUAUUGGUUUCUUAAGUCUCGUUUUCUUUUCUUAUUAUUCUUCUUCAAAAUGAUUUUCAGAUAACAUAACUGGAAUCAGUUAAGCAGUCUUUUGUUUUCAUUCAACUUCAGUUCAGCUUGACUGGACAUAAGCUUUGCCUCUGUUUUAGUUGCAAAACCAAAGUAGCCAUGGCUGAAUCUGUGGUGUCUUUUCUUGUGGAAAGGCUCGGAGACCUAUUAAUUGAGGAGGCUGCACAGCUAUUGGGGGUUAAGAAAGAAGUCAAGCAGUUGCAAAUCGAACUAAAGCGGAUGCAGUGCUUCCUCAAAGAUGCAGACAAAAGACUAGAUGAAGAAGAAAGUGUUAAAAACUGGGUUUCAGAGAUAAGGGAGGCUGCUUAUGAUGUUGAAGAUGUGAUUGACAAUUAUAUUGUUAAAUUUGCAUCCAAGAAAGGUGGGAUAAUCAGAAACUCGAUUACCCACAGUAAGGAACUUCGUAAUCUUGCAUCGGAGAUCGAUAAAAUCAAAUCUAGAAUCACUGACCUGACCAGAAGUUUGCAGACCUAUGGAAUAACAGCAAGAAAAGAAGGCGAAGGGUCUAGAAUUUUAUCACAGAGGCAAAGGCAGCUGAGAUGGUCUUAUUCCCAUAUUGUGGAAGAGCAUAUUGUUGGGUUUGAAGAAAACAUAAAGGAACUGAUGGUGAAGUUAAUUCAUGAAGAAGAACGUUGCCGUGUUGUGUCUAUCUGUGGGAUGGGAGGUCUUGGGAAGACCACCCUAGCAAAGACCUUAUACCAUCAUGCAGAUAUUAGGAGACACUUUGAAGCUUUUGCUUGGGCUUAUAUUUCUCAACAAUGCAGACCAAGAGAUGUUUGGGAAGGAAUUCUGCUGAAAUUGAUCACCCCAUCAAAGGAGGAGAAGGAAGAAAUUUUGAGAAUGAGGGAUGAGGAAUUAGCAAAGAAGCUUUACAAAGUUCAGCAAGAGAAGAAAUGUUUGAUUGUGAUUGAUGAUAUUUGGACCGGUGAGGCGUGGGAGACUUUAUCCCCUGCUUUCCCUGAUGAAACAACUGUUGGUAGCAAAAUAUUGCUCACAACCCGCAAUAGGAAAGUAGCUUUGGAUGCUGAUCAGAAUGGAUUCCUUCAUGAACCAGAGUGUUUAAAUGAAGAACAGAGUUGGGAGCUAUUCCAAUUGAAAGCAUUUCCAAGGAAAGACAAAUCAGGCUUUGUAGUUGAAAAAGAUAUGGAGAAUUUAGGGAGGGAAAUGGUGGGAAGUUGUGCAGGUCUACCGCUGGCAAUCAUUGUGCUUGGUGGACUUUUGGCAACGAAAGAAACAGUGAAUGAGUGGGAUAAGGUGCACAGAAAUAUCAAGUUACACUUGGCAAGAUCAAAAGAGAGUGGACGACAAGCUAAACUAUCUGAGGUAUUGGCUUUAAGUUACCAUGAAUUACCUUACCAACUGAAACCAUGCUUCUUACAUUUGAGCCAGUUUCCAGAAGAUUUUGAAAUACCAACCAAGAAAUUAGUUCGGCAAUGGGUUUCAGAAGGCUUUGUAUCCUCACAGGAUGAAGUAGAAGUAGAUGAAAGGUAUGAAACCAUGGAGGAAGUUGCGCAAGGCUACUUACAUGACUUGAUAAAUAGGUCGAUGGUUCAAGUGGGAGUGAAGGGUUCAACAGGAACCAUAAAAACUUGUCGCCUGCAUGACCUUAUGCGUGAUUUAUGUUUGUCAAAGGCCAAACAAGAAAAUUUUAUGCAUAUUAUUGGUUCUCUCCCAUCUUCUACAUAUUCUAGACCAACACCUGUAAGCAAGAUCCGUAGAUGUGCUAUCCAUUUGGAUCAAAACAACCAAGAUCCUGGUUUGCCAGAAUACCAGAAAAAUCCUAACCUUAGGUCCUUAUUCUUUUUCCGUCCAAAAAAGCAUAGAAUACAUAAUGAGCGCCUAUUGAAAUCUGUGUUUGACAAAUUCAAAUUGCUUAAAGUGUUGGAUCUUGAAGGAAUUAAAGGACUUGAGGAGAAAUUGCCUGAAGAUAUAGGAUUUCUUGUUCAGAUAAGAUUUUUAAGUCUGAAGAAAACACGUAUAAGAGAAUUGCCGACAUCUUUGGUCAAUCUGGUUGGCUUGCAGACUCUGAACUUGCAAACAAUUGAUAAAGUGUCAUGGGAAUCAACUGUACAAGUGCCUAAUAUUUUAUGGAAGAUGGCGCAGUUGAGACAUCUAUAUCUUCCUAAGUGGUGCGGGGAUGUUACAGAUAAUUUACAGUUGGCCUGUCUUAGCAAUUUGCAGACUCUUGUAAAUUUUCCUGCUAAUAAAUGUAAUGUUAGGGAUCUUCUCCUAUUAACCAACCUCCGAAAACUUGUUCUAAAUGACUCUAGACACUUUGAAUCAUUUGUCCAAAUCUUUGAACCUCCAAAUAAGAUACUGCCAUACCUGACGUCCCUGUCCUUAAAAACUGACCUCCUUUCAUUUCCGGAUACGGUAGUUGAUUUAAGGAAACUACUAUUAGGCUGUCCACGUCUUUGCAAGCUGCAUGUAGAAGGAAGAAUAAACAACUUACCCCGAGACAUUGAAUUCCCUUCAUCUCUCACCAAGUUAACUUUAUGGGGAUCUAGACUUGUUGAAGAUCCAAUGGAAGCGCUUGGGAAGCUGCCUCACUUAAAGUACUUAAGUGGAUGGGAAGUAUUCACGGGAAAGAAAAUGACUUGCUCUAGGAACAGUUUCCCCCAGCUAAAAACGUUACUUCUUCGUGGGUUGUCCAAUUUUGAUGAGUGGAAGAUUGAAGAAGGAGCUAUGCCUACUCUUAGUCGUUUGGGUAUUUCUGAUUGCUACAAGCUGAAGAUGGUUCCAGAUGGACUGAGGUUUGUCACUACCCUCCGGGAAGUAGAGAUUAGGUGGAUGUCAAGAGCAUUCAAAAGUAGUAUUGAGGAAGAUGGGGAAGAUUUCUACAAAGUCCAACAUGUGCCUUCCAUUGUAUUUUUGAACUGAGACAAAAUUAUGGACUGCAUGGAAGACUGUUAUAUAGACACUGAUGCUUUGAAAAGCAAAAGGAGCAAGAUGACUCAGAGCUCUAUGGGUGUUUCUUUGCAAGAUUUGUCAUUUAAGAUUAUCUAGUUCUCUUGCUUAUAUUGUUAAGACUUUUCUUGAUUUAAAUGCUUGUUGGUGUUGCCUCAACUAUUGGAUAAGGUGCAUAUUUGUUAUAGUUACUAGGUUGAUACAGCAACUAAAUAUCAUGUAUUAAGCACAUGCUAAUGCAAUUUAUCAGAUUCCUAAGAUAGCUGGAUAGAGAAUUGAAAACAAUAUGCUUCUAUCA